AAUGAGACGCAGCAAGAGAGUCUCGAGAGCCCUGUUACUGACCCAGACAUCAGACUGUGAGAGGGCUGCAAGCCACCUGCAGGAGGCUGCGACCACAACUCAACCAGAAGCGCAGAAGUCUGUUGGAAAGAUCUAAGAAAACGACAGGAGCAGAGAAAACUACUUAAUUCUCCAGUUUCUUCUCCAGCCCUUCUUCAGCCAUCCUGUUAACUUUGGGCAGAAGACAACAGAGGAUAGAAGAGAAGAAUAGUGGAUCUUAUGAAUUGUGCUGAGAGACACUGAAGCACUUGACCUCAUGGAAAUGAGUCUCCUGAACUCUCUUGAUCGAUGAUGAACGUUGCGCGCCCCUGUGCGCCGGAGCCUGUGAAUCCCUGCCAUAGCCCUCAUAUGGUGACUUCUGAUGACCUGGAAUCAACACGAGGCUGAACCAUGGUCAUUCUGCAACAGGGGGACUAUGUGUGGCUGGAUCUUAAAACGGGCCGGGAGUUUGACGUCCCCGUGGGAGCCGUGGUCAAACUGUGCGACUCUGGACAGAUCCAGGUUCUGGAUGAUGAAGGCCGGGAGCACUGGAUUUCCCCUCAAAAUGCCACCAACAUCAAACCCAUGCACCCGACCUCCAUACAUGGGGUGGAGGACAUGAUCCGUCUGGGUGACCUCAAUGAAGCUGGCAUCCUCCGUAACCUGCUAAUCCGCUAUAAUGAAUGCGUCAUCUACACGUAUACAGGCUCAAUACUGGUAGCAGUCAACCCUUACCAGCUGCUGCCCAUCUAUACUCCAGACCAGAUCCGCCUCUACACCAAUAAGAAGAUUGGCGAGAUGCCGCCGCACAUAUUCGCCAUCGCAGACAACUGUUACUUCAACAUGCAGCGGAACAACAAGGACCAGUGCUGCAUCAUCAGCGGUGAGUCUGGAGCUGGGAAGACUGAGAGCACAAAGCUGAUUCUGCAGUUCCUCGCUGCCAUCAGCGGGCAGCACUCCUGGAUAGAGCAGCAAGUCCUAGAAGCCACGCCUAUCCUCGAAGCUUUCGGCAAUGCCAAGACAAUUCGAAAUGACAACUCCAGUCGCUUUGGGAAGUACAUAGAUAUCCACUUCAACAAGCGAGGGGCCAUUGAAGGAGCCAAAAUAGAGCAGUACCUGCUGGAGAAGUCCCGUGUGUGUCGACAGGCUCCAGAUGAGAGAAACUACCAUAUUUUCUACUGCAUGUUGAAGGGCAUGGCUCCUGAAAUGAAGUCAAAGCUGGGCCUGGGCCUUGCCACAGACUACUCCUACCUCACCAUGGGUAGCUGCACAAAGUGUGACGGUCGUGAUGACCUGAGUGAUUAUUCCAGCAUCCUGUCAGCCAUGAAGGUUCUCAUGUUCACCGAGACGGAAACCUGGGAGAUUUCCAAGCUUCUGGCUGCCAUCCUGCAUAUGGGAAACCUGCGAUUCGAGGCUCGUACCUAUGAUAAUUUGGACGCCUGUGUGGUUGUGAGAUCUCCUGACCUGGUGACCGCUGCGUCGCUUAUGGAGGUGGAGCCUAAAGACGUGAUGGUGUGUUUGACGACACGAACCCUCAUCACACGUGGUGAAAGUGUUGUCACCCCUCUAAGUGUGGAGCAAGGCCUGGAUGUCAGGGACGCCUUUGUUAAGGGGAUCUACGGGAGGUUGUUUAUCUGGAUAGUGGAUAAGAUUAAUGCUGCCAUAUACCGACCUCCUUCCUGCGAGAGUAACAUCAUCCGAAGAUCCAUCGGUUUGCUGGACAUCUUUGGCUUUGAGAACUUUAUCGUCAACAGUUUUGAGCAGCUGUGCAUCAACUUCGCCAACGAGAACCUGCAGCAAUUCUUUGUCCGCCACGUCUUUAAACUGGAGCAGGAAGAAUACAACCUGGAGGACAUCAGCUGGCAGCACAUUGAGUUCACAGACAACCAGGAUGCAUUGGACAUGAUCGCCAACAAACCCAUGAACAUCAUCUCCCUCAUAGAUGAAGAGAGCAAGUUUCCCAAGGGAACUGAUGCUACGAUGCUGUAUAAGCUCAACUCUCAGCACAAGCUCAACUCCAACUACAUUCCUCCUAAAAACUGCUACGAAACCCAGUUUGGUAUCCAGCACUUUGCAGGAGUGGUGCAUUACGAGACCAGAGGCUUCCUGGAGAAAAACCGAGACAGCCUCCACACUGACAUCAUCCAGCUCGUCCACUCGUCCAAGAAUAAGUUCAUCAAGCAGAUCUUCCAGGCUGAUGUUGCCAUGUUUCUGUGUGGCUAUCAGCAGCCCAGCACACCUGCUCCCAAGGGCGUUGAGACGAGGAAGCGCUCCCCGACUCUGAGCAGUCAAUUCAAGCGAUCUCUGGAGCUGCUAAUGAGGACGCUCAGUGUGUGUCAGCCGUUCUUCGUUCGCUGUAUAAAACCCAACGAACUUAAAAAACCCAUGCUGUUUGAUCGAGAGCUGUGCGUUCGUCAGCUGCGCUACUCUGGCAUGAUGGAGACCAUCCGGAUUAGGCGGGCGGGUUAUCCAAUCAGAUACACCUUUGCCGAAUUUGUGGAUCGUUACCGAGUCCUGAUGCCUGGCGUCAAACCUGCUCACAUACAGGAGGACUUACGAGGAACCUGUCAGCAAAUAGUCCAGGCCCGGCUGGGAAAACAUGAUGACUGGCAGAUUGGAAAGACUAAAAUUUUUCUAAAGGAUCACCACGACAUGCAGCUGGAGAUAGAGAGGGACAAGGCCAUCACCGACAAGGUCAUCCUUAUCCAGAAGGCUGUGCGUGGGCUUAAAGAGAGGACAAACUUCCUCAGACUGAGGGGCGCUGUGACUGUUAUUCAGAAGGUCUGGAGGGGUUACCGAUGCAGAAAGAAUUACCAAAUUAUGCAGUCUGGCUUCUUGCGCCUCCAGGCCGUCUACAGGUCGAGAAAGUACUACCGAAGCUACCGGAUGACUCGCCUUCGCGUGACUCUCAUCCAAGCUCGUUGCCGCGGCUUCCUCAUCCGGCAGGCAUUUUGGCGGCGUCUUCAUGCCGUGUUGACCAUCCAGGCCUACACCAGGGGCAUGAUAGCCAGACGCCUCUGCCAGAGGCUCAGGGCAGAGCUGCAGCAUCGACUGGAAGCUGAGCGCCAGCGCCUGGCUGAGGAGGAGCAGCUGCGAAACCAGAUGACAGUUCGGCGGGCGAAGGCUGAGGCUGAAAGGAAACACCAGGAGCGGCUCAUCCAGCUGGCACAGCAGCAAGAGGAGAGGGAGCGGGAGGAAAAGGAGGAGUCGAGGAGGAAGAAGGAGCUGCUUGAGCAGAUGGAGAGGGAGAAGGAGCAGCCAGUCGACCACUCGGACAUGGUUGACCGUAUGUUUGGCUUCUUGGGGAACUCCGGGCCGCUGCCCAACCAGGAUGGACAGGCACCAGCUGGUUUUGAAGAUUUGGAAAACACGCCUCGUGGUGAGGAAGCUGAAGAGGAGGUUUUGAGCGAGGCUCCCCCGUUACCUGACGAGGAAGAGGAGGAUUUGUCAGAGUAUAAAUUCUCCAAGUUUGCAGCCACCUACUUCCAGGGUGUCUCCACCCACACCUACAUCAGACGGCCACUGAAACAACCUCUGCUUUUCCACGAGGACGAAGGAGACCAGCUGGCGGCUUUAGCUGUAUGGAUCACUGUGUUGAGGUUCAUGGGCGAUCUCCCGGAACCCAAAUGCCCAAUGGUCAUCAACGACGGCAGCGAGAAGAUCCCCGUCAUGACAAAGAUCUAUGAAACCCUCGGCAAGAGGACCUACAAGCGAGAGCUGCAGGAGCUGCAGGUGGAGGGAGAGAAUAGCUCCAUAGACAGCCAGAAGAGGAACAGCGUCAGGCAUAAACUCGUGUCACUCACCCUGAAGAGGAAGUCCAAGAUCACUGAGGAGGUCACCAGGCGGCUGACAGAGGGGGACUACAGUCUCCAGGGAAACAGCAUGCUGGAAGACCGACCCACCUCCAACCUGGAGAAACUUCACUUCAUCAUUGGCAACGGCAUCUUGCGGCCCACCCUCAGAGACGAGAUCUAUUGUCAGAUCUGCAAGCAGCUCAGCCAGAACCCGUCCAAAAGCAGCCACGCCCGCGGAUGGAUCCUGCUGUCCCUCUGCGUGGGCUGCUUCGCCCCCUCCGAGAAGUUCGUCAAAUAUCUACGGACAUUUUUGAAAAACGGUCCUCCGGGUUACGCUCCCUACUGCGAGGAGAGGUUGAGGAGGACGUUCGUCAACCGCACUCGGAUGCAGCCGCCGUCUUGGUUGGAACUGCAGGCCACAAAGUCUAAGAAGCCCAUCAUGCUCCCUGUGACAUUCAUGGACGGCACCACAAAGACACUCCUCGCAGACUCGGCCACCACAGCCAGCGAGCUGUGCAACGCACUGGCGGACAAAAUCAACCUGAAAGAUCGCUUUGGCUUCUCGCUGUACAUCGCUCUGUUUGACAAGGUGUCGUCUUUGGGCAGCGGUAACGAUCACGUCAUGGACGCCAUCUCGCAGUGUGAGCAGUACGCAAAGGAGCAGGGCGCCCAGGAGAGGAAUGCUCCCUGGAGGCUGUUCUUCAGGAAGGAGAUCUUCAGCCCCUGGCACAACCCUGCCGAGGACUACGUUGCCACAAACCUCAUUUAUCAGCAGAUCGUCCGGGGGGUGAAAUUCGGAGAGUACCGCUGUGAGAGGGAGGAGGACUUGGCAGAACUGGCCUCUCAGCAGUACUAUGUGGAUUACGGCUCCGAGGUCCUCCAGGAUCGUCUGCUCAGCCUCAUUCCAUCCUACAUCCCCGACAGAGAAAUCACCUCCACUAAGACUGCAGAGAAGUGGGUUCAGCUCAUCAUCAGUGCCCAUAAAAAGGGAGUACAAAUGAAAAGGAGGGUAAACACGCAGAAGGUGAAGGAGGAUGUGGUGGAUUUUGCUCGUUUAAAGUGGCCUUUACUCUUCUCACGCUUCUACGAGGCCUUCAAAUUCUCUGGGCCUAGCCUGCCCAAGAAUGACGUUAUCGUAGCGGUGAACUGGACCGGCGUUUACUUUGUGGAUGAACAGGAGCAGGUCCUUCUCGAGCUCUCUUUCCCAGAGAUCACGGCUGUGUCCAGCAGCAGAGGGGGUAAGCUCCAGGGACAGAGCUUCACCCUGGCCACCAUCAAAGGAGACGAGUAUACGUUCACCUCCAACAAUGCAGAGGACAUCCGCGACCUGGUGGUCACCUUCCUCGAGGGACUAAGGAAGAGAUCCAAAUAUGUGGUGGGACUGCUAGACUGCCUGAACCCAGUAGGGGUAGAUUCCAACUUCCUGAGUUUUGCUAAAGGAGAUCUGAUCAUCUUGGACGAACAUGACGGAGAGCAUGUGAUGAACUCUGGCUGGGCACACGGCAUCAAUGACAGGACCAAACAGAGAGGGGACUUCCCUGCUGACUGUGUCUAUGUGCUACCUACUAUCACCCGACCACAGUAUGAUAUAGUGGCUCUCGUCACCAUGACUCCCGAUCAGAGGCGCGAGUCUAUCGGUUUGUCCCAGAUUAACCUUUCGGACCAAGAGGAUAAAUCCAAGGCCUACACUCUGGAGGAGUUUUCCUACGACUACUUCAGGCCUCCUCCAAAGAGUACUCUGAGCAGGGUGGUGAUCUCGAAAGCUCGAGGGAAGGAGCGUCUGUGGAGCUGCACCCGCGAGCCUCUCAAACAGCCUCUAUUGAAAAAAGUCCUGGCUCACGACGAGCUCUCCCAGGAGGCCUCUCUGGCCUUCAUAGCUGUGAUGAAGUAUAUGGGCGACUACCCGUCCAAACGAGUGCGUUCUGUCAACGAGCUCACCGAUCAGAUAUUCGAAGGAGCCCUGAAGGCCGAGCCGCUCAAAGACGAAAUCUUCUGCCAGAUUCUGAAACAGCUGACAGACAAUCACAUUAAGUACAGUGAGGAGAAGGGCUGGGAGCUGCUGUGGCUCUGCACUGGUUUGUUUCCUCCCAGUAAUAUCCUGCUGCCUCACGUCCAGAAGUUUCUGCAAGCCAAGAAACACUAUCCUCUGGCUCCAGACUGCAUGCAGCGGCUGCAGAAAGCCUUACGAAACGGAUCAAGGAAGUACCCUCCUCACCUGGUGGAGGUGGAGGCCAUCCAGCACAAGACGACUCAAAUCUUCCACAAAGUUUACUUCCCUGAUGAUUCAGACGAGGUGUUUGAGGUGGAGUCGAGCACGAAAGCCAAAGACUUCUGCCACAACAUCUCCGGACGUCUGAUGCUCAAAUCCUCCGAGGGCUUCAGUCUCUUCGUCAAGAUCACUGACAAGGUCAUCAGCGUGCCUGACGGCGACUUCUUCUUUGACUUUGUGAGGCACCUGACUGACUGGAUCAAGAAAGCCAGACAUGUAAAAGAUGGUGUAGUGCCUUCUCUGACCUACCAGGUGUUCUUCAUGAAGAAGCUGUGGACUAAUACACUUCCUGGAAAGGACUCCAUGGCUGAUUCCAUCUUCCACUACUACCAGGAGCUGCCGAAGUAUCUGCGUGGCUACCACAAGUGCUCAAAGGAGGAGGUGCACCAGCUGGCAGCGCUGAUCUACAGGGUGAAGUUUGAGGAGGAUAAAUCCCACUUCCACAAUAUUUCCAAGAUCCUGAAGGAGCUUGUCCCCCAGGACCAGAUCAGACAUUUGUCCCCCGACGACUGGAAGCGGUCCAUCGUGUCGCUGUUCAACAAGCACUCAGGGAAGACUCGGGAAGAAGCCAAACUCUCCUUCCUCAAAAUCAUUUACAAGUGGCCCACGUUUGGUUCUGCCUUCUUCGAAGUCAAGCAAACAACUGAUCCUAAUUACCCAGAAACCCUCCUGAUAGCAAUCAACAAACAUGGAGUCAGUCUGAUUGAUCCCAAGUCUAAGGACAUCCUCAUCACUCACCCUUUCACCAAGAUCUCCAACUGGAGCAGCGGCAACACGUACUUUCACAUCACCAUUGGAAACCUGGUGCGAGGCAGCAAGCUGCUGUGUGAAACGUCCCUGGGCUACAAAAUGGACGACCUCCUGACCUCUUACAUCAGCCAGAUGCUGACGACGAUGACCAAACAGCGAACGUCCCGGGGCAACAGCAAGUGAGCAGAAGGCUGGAAAGUCAUUGAUCCCAUUUGAUCGAAGCUGGACACAAACACCCACACCCACACGGCAGAAUGUAAAAAACGCGCUAAUGGCUGACUGUGACGCUCUAAUGUUUUCACACUAUAACAUCGGUCCUGUCUUAAAACUCACCCGCUGCCUUUAAAUGACUUUUACCUGAAGCUGGACUUUGUGUAAUUGCAGUGAUUAGCAGUGACGUUUAUUCUCUGUGCUGUAAAGUGUGACACGUUCAACUUUCAGUGAAACCACUUUUCACACGUCUUGACUGAACUGACCAUGAAGAUUUUUAUACUAUUAACAUCUGCACUGAAACAGCUGGGCCUGUAUUUAUAAAGUGUCACUAAGUAGGAACUUGGUCCUACAUAGGCUGAAAGUGAUGAAUGCAACUGUUCUUGUUUAACUGUGUUAGGGGAGCACAGUUAAAUGUCUUGUUUGGCAUCAUCGAUGAACCGAUCCUUAAAACACUACAUUUAAAAUCUGGAGCCAGUCAUUUUUAGUGUUUCUGUUAGAAAAGAAAUAGCAGUUAGAUCAUUUUCUGUCCUAUUAAUCUCCAUCUUAACAUGCCGGUUUCAAAUCUGAAGAAGCAUCCUGGUCUCAAAGAAAUCUUGCUAUCUUGGACCUGGUGAUAUUUACGCAGAGAGGUAUGCACGAGAUUUAUGCCCGCACACUUCUUGUGUCAAAUCAACAGUUUUUAUUUUGCAGAUCUUUGAAUUGCUUCUACUGUAUAGAUCAUAUUCUUGAUUAUAAUUCAUUAAGAAUAUAAAAUGGCAUAAAAGUUCAAAUAGAAUCCUAAAGGCAUGAACAAACUCCCAUUUAUACAAUUUAGAGUCAUUCUUUAGAAACUGAUUUAAGGAGCUUGGAAAGAAAAGCAUUCUCCAGAUGCUUUUCUUUCCAAGCUCCUCAAACUACGAUGACCUGGAUGACUGAGAACCUUCACAGACAUUUAAAAAAUGAUCCAAUAUAAGAAAAUUUCCCAGUCUCACCAUCUGUUUUCCACUGAAAAAUUCAAGGAUCAUAAUACACUUCCUAAAUUCACUUCAGUUCAUUUAGAUAAACAACUCUCACCUCAAAUCGCUUUAUAUUGUAAGGUACAGACCCUUCAAUAAUACUACAAUAAUAUUUCUCACAGAAAAACUGCCAAAUUUAACUUCUGCAUCUCUAGUUUGGUCAUCAAAUUAUUUUUCUGAUGACGUUAGGGGCGUUUCCAAACCUUUUCUGAGCAGAAUUUUCUCUGGAGCUACUCUUUUUUUAUCUGCAUAUUCAAAAUUUGUAAAGGUGUUCCGCCUCACUUUUUGAAAAUUCUUUUUUAAAAAGAUUCAUAUUUUUGUUUUUUUACAGGUAGCACCCACGGCCUCAGAGCGUCUCUUUAAUAUAGUUGGUUCAAAGGAAAAUGCCACUAACCUCAUCACAAAAAUAUGUUUUUAGGCAGACUAAUAACAUUAGAAAUCUGAUAUUUACACAACUCACAAGUUUGUAGACUUAAGACUUGCCAGGUCUCUCUUGGAAAUGAGAUUUUUAAUCUCAAUGAGAUUUUUUACCUAGAUAAAUAAAGGACUAAUAAAUAUCAAUGAUGACUCUACUUGAACCUUGGGAACCCCACCGGACUGACUGCAGGUCAAGUCAAAAUGAUGCUGCAUUAUUUUUGAAUUAAUGGGUUAAUUUGUGCCGUUAUUGUACCCAAAUCUUUAUAAUCCCAAGAGAUUCUGUGAUGCUUCAUUCAUCCCUGACUUAACUAUGGCUCUCUGAAGCAACAUCUCCCCAUAACAUUAGUCCUCUGGUUCUUUUUGUUUAUUUAACUUGUAGGUAGUGUUCCUAUUUAUGCUUACAGUUGUCCCAAGGUUAUUAAAUCAAUGUUAUGACAUUUUAAAAAAACAUUUUACGUUUCAGAUGUCUUCCUUUUUUCUUCUUCUUUGAUUUGAUCGAUUUGUUACACUUUGCCAAUUUUCGCAGUCAACCUCAGCCACAUCAGGAACAAUCUCCAAACCUGUGAACACUAUCUGGACUUGAACAUAGCACCGGUGUGGAGGAAAUACGAGUAAUGUUGCUUUUACUUCAUCGUUAGCAUCCCGUGUGUGUGCCACAAAGUUCAAGCACUCUUUAUAUCCAGUAGGGAUUUUUUUCAGUGUCUCCAUGUGUACUGUAGCUGGUGAAUGAUUCGUAUUUGUCUCUUCUUUUUUUAAUAUAUGAAUUUAGUAUUAAUUUGUAAGUCAUAACGGUUUUAUGUUUGUUCUGGAUGAUGUUUAUGAAGCAGAAAUUGUUUCAUCCAUACGACCACAUAUCUUAUGCUGUAGAAAUGAAUAAAUAACAUUUUCCAAAGAGUCCUGU